AGGUGGACGGACUCCCUGACGCUCCUCCUCCUCCUCCUGCUGCAGGAGUGUUCACGCCUCCUACCUGCAGGUCCUCCUACCACACCGCCAGUUUGUUUAAUCCCCCGGGCCGGGGAGGAGGCUCCGUGAGGAAGAGGGAGUCGGGUCGUUCGAGUGAUCGCGGGCGAUUUUCUGCGACAGAUCGCCCAGAGUCGUAAUUGGAGGGCAACGAUUGAUGACUCCUGUGUGUGUGUGGGACCUAUUGGUGCUGUGUGGGACCUAUUGGUGCUGUGUGGGACCUAUUGGUGCUGUGUGGGACCUAUUGUUGCUGUGUGGGACCUAUUGGUGCUGUGUGGGGCCUAUUGGUGCUGUGUGGGACCUAUUGGAGCUGUGUGGGACCUAUUGGUGCUGUGUGGGACCUAUUGGUGCUGUGUGGGACCUAUUGGUGCUGUGUGGGACCUAUUGGUGCUGUGUGGGACCUAUUGGUGGUGUGUGGGACCUAUUGGAGCUGUGUGGGGCCUCCUGAUGGGCACCCACGGAGCCAAGUCGAGUUGUGUACCGAGGGGCACUUAUAUUGAACUUGAAAUGGUAAUUUAAGGUCUUGGGCGAAGAACACAGUUGACAUAGUGACAGUGAUGGUGUUUUAAGACGUUAUCCUGAUUGACGUGACCUUGCUGGGUCGACCAUGAGGGCGUGAGGUAGGCCCACUGACUCGUGAAGGCAGCACCGGGGAAACCGCAAAGCUAAAAAGAAGGGAAAGGUGCAACUUAGACUAAAAAUGGUGCACGUAACCGUCCAUAGAAAAUGGUGCAGUUAUCCGUUCACAAAAAAUGGUGCAGUUAACCGUCCAUAGAAAAAGAUGUAACUAACCAUCCAUAGAAAAUGGUGUUGUACACCCAAAAAAAUGGUGCAAAAGAUCACAUAAAAUAGUGCAACACCCAGAAUGGUACAACUGUACAUAGAAACUGCAUGUACAUGAAAAUUAAAACUUUCCAUUCUGAUAUGACACCAGGGUGGACAGUGGCGAAGUUAAUAAAUUAAUAUGAUCUGGAAUACUAAAAAUAACGCCUUCAGUCUAACGUGUUUCUUAGUAAUUGCAAUGUUUAAGUAUGCUAUAGGUCUUACGUGUUGCCUGAGCUCGUAAGUCACGUGAAAGUGACUGAAAGUGUCAAACGAAAAAUGUUAAUCUAAGAUGUAUUUUUAUAGCGGUGCUUUGAUUUUCUGCGGCGUGAGAAAGGCUUGGAUGUGUCAUAGUUAAAAUAUUUAGAGUAUGAUGCAGUUUAGACAAAAAAUUAAAUAUUUAGCCCGGCGAGUCUCUUAAAAAUGGCGUCCCACAGCGUGUCUUCAAGAUGGCGAGCCACAGGGCGUGUGCAGCACCAGGCGGAGUGACUAGAAGCACACAGACACACCGCUCACAGACCUGUGGGUGACACCUUGGUAUCAUGGAGUCUGUGGAGACGGAGGUCCUCCUCCCGCCGGCGCCAAGCCCCUUCUCCGGCGCCUGCGUCACCCCGCCGCCACCUUCCUCGUCGCUCGAGGACACAGCCGCCCUCUCCUCCACUGUGCCCGUCGACGCCCACUGUGCCCCGUUAUCCCCCGUGUCGUCCUCGUCGCCGGUAUUCAGCCCGUCUUGCGCCUCCACCUGCGGCAGCGGCCCGCGAGCGUCGCCAGGAGCCUCCACCACCCCCAGCAGCACCACCACCAGCAGCUACACCACCGAGAUAGAGCGGGGGACGCCUGUCAAGGGCGGCGACGGCCCGCCCUCAGACUGCGACAGUGACGUGGUGGAUCUCCUGAAGGUGAUGAAGAAGAGGGAGCAGCAGCCGCCCGACCCGCACGUGCUCCACGAGGACUUGUGCACCACUGACGACGACGACGACGACGACGACUUCCUGGUGCACUUCGCGCACACGGGACGCAAGACAGCAGAGAUGACGUCACAGCCCGAGCUGCUCCUGCAGAUAUCUGAACUGCAGGAGGCGGUGGUGGGGAUGAAGGGGACGCUGACGGAGGCGGUGACGAGGCUGAGCACCGUGGUGGAGGACCCCAGCCUCUCCAGGGAGGUGCAGGAGGCCCGACAGCGCUGCGACGACAACACCGCCGAAGUCCUCAAGUUGGUCCUCUCCCUCAAGGCCGACAUUACCUCACUCCAGAAGGAGGUGUGUGCUGUGAGCGAGCGACAGGAGGGGCUGCAGACAUCCAUCACCCACCUGCUGGAGGAGCGCAGGCUCAUGGUGGCUGACCUCUCACAUGCUGGUGUUAUCUCUCUUCACACCAGGUCCAAGCUAGAAGGCCGUAGCAGUGGAGCAGGUGAGGGCAUUGUUGUACAACCAGGUCGCUCGGGUUCUGGGAGCCACAGCAACGACUCUGGUGUGGCAUUGCUGCUAGAGCGAGCCCACCAGGCCUUCACAACAGACCACACACCUUCACCCACACCCACCAAUCAGAGAGCCUCAGACCAGGACUCUCUGCCUGAACAACCAUCAUUACUGGUGCCACCUUCUGUGUAUGACUAUGUGGCUGGUCUCAGGUCUCACUCCCACCAGUCAUCCUCCGCCCUCACUGUCCCACCUCACACUGACUCUACGCACAAUAGACAAAGUGUGAGCGCUACAAUAGGUGGAGACAGUGAAGAUCUGGGGCUGGUAUAUGAUUCCGACUCCUCUCUCACAAUUGCAGCGAAUAAAACCAUCAGCCUCAGUACCUCCCUAAGUCAGCAGUGUGGCAUUGAAUUACGCACUGCUCAUAAUGCACCUCCCAACCAUGACCACCACCACACCCACACCCACCACCACCACAACAGACAGGCACCCCACGAUCGAAACCAUACGCGUUCAGACUCAGAUGGCUCUGAUAGAUCCCGAGAUGCUCAACACCGCCACAAACGACGCUCUCAUGACCACACACGAGAGAGCAAUGAUCCAUACACGUUGGUAGUUACUAGGACUCGUAACCUGCUAACUGACCCUCGGGAUCCUCGAGAGGCCCAGAGGUACCGUGUAGCACGGGAGUUGCUUGACACAGAGAAGAAGUACUGCAAGACUCUCUGGACCAUUCAGGACACUUUUGCAGACCCACUCAAGAAGGCAGGGAUACUCUCACACAAAGAUAUAACGACUUUGUUCCCAGAGGAAGUGUACCAGCUGUACGACAAACACUGUCUGCUCCAACAUCAGCUGCGGGAGCGUCUUGCAUCUUGGAAGUGGCAGCCACUCGUGGGCGACAUAGUAUCUCGGUUUACAGAUCCACGACACACAGAUGUUCUCCGCCUCUAUACUGCCUACGUCAAUGACUUUCCAGAGGUUCUCAAAACAUUCCACAAACUUUGUCGUACAUCCCAGCCUUUCACUAAGUUUAUCAAGGGUUGCUUAGAGCAGCCAGCAUGUGGGGGUCUAGACCUCGGGGCAUUUCUGCUGACCCCUGUGCAGCGUGUACCUCGGUACAUCCUUCUCAUGAAACAGCUGCUGAAGUAUACAGAUCCACAGCACCCUGACUACCAGCAUUUGCACUCCUGUCUGGACCGACUUAGGGAUUUCCUUGCACGGCUCAAUGAUUCCAUGGAGCAUUCCUUUCAGCUGGUGCACGCCCAGCUCUCUCCCCAUGGCCCAGUCCCCGGGUCUGCCCAUCACCACCCACCACCACCGCCACCUCCUUCCCAUCACAGGUCCAGUAAACCUCAUCCCAGUCAGUCUAAGAGGACUGGACGGUCUCCUCGAAGAUCAAGCUCUUCCAUAGGCAGUCCACCAUUAAGUCCCAGCAGCCCGACUUACAGUCCUGAUAGAACGAGCCUUGGCUGCAGCCCAGAAAGACAAGAGCGUUCACCAAGCUGCUCACAAUCCAUAACAAGUCCACAAAGAUCACACAGCAGUGCCACACAGCCAUCUUGUCGUCCUCGAUCUGUGUUCUUAGAUACCAGAUCUUCAUCUCUGCCGCGAGGGUCAGCUAGCUCCAGUAGUGGAUCACAAGAAAGUGCCUUCUCGCCUAGCAGUGAGAUUCCCCGUGUCAGAUCUCGUAGUGAAAGUGUUGCGUCUCGUCGCCCGCUCCCAUCACACACCCACCACACGGCACAGACUCUUGUCACUCAAGAGGCACCUCGCUCUUUAGCUCCUGCUCACUCUGUGGUUGAUGUAACGGUUCACAGCAGCCCCAGUCACGAGUCGGGGCAUUGGGAGGAUCUGGCUGCUAGUGAGCCCUCUCUUAAUGACCCUCGCCCUGUUCACAUCUCAAAUGAUGCCAACAGGCCAUUGGCAUCCCACACACUUACCUCCGCUCACAGUGUGCACAACGUGGACGGACAGCAGAAGCUGACUACUCCCACCUGGACAGAAUCUUCCCAUUCCGAGGACCCUCGUAGCAAGAAAAAAUCUUCCAUUCGCACCUCUCUCAAGAAUAUGUUCACCUUCAAGAAGAGGUAUGUUCACCAUCCACACUCUUCAUGUGCCUCUACAUUCACGGUGACCAGACCACACAUCUAUAAAUCACAGAGUAACUUUCCACAAGGUGACACACCCUCACACUCACUUCCCAUGGAUCUAACCACAUCUGAAGGCUCAUCUGGGAUUAUGAGACAAGGAUCUAACAGCCUUUUAGAGGAGGAUCUUAAUGAGAGCUUGAAUUAUGCUUUCAAAGGCUCACUUUAUGUGUUGCAUGAGAGUUCUGUCUAAUUCUUUCCUCUUAUGUUUGGCUAGCACCCUAGAUCUCGGGCACUUUAAUAGGCUGUCACUGAAAUAACAUUUCUUCUUUCUGAGAUCUGGGUACAGUAUAUGAGGAGUUAUUGACCUCUUCAUGUCAUGCAAGAACUUCCUGUCAAAUGAGUAAUAUUGUACAAUAACAUGCAGGCAUUAUUUACUGUUAGCUUUUCUGAUGUAUACUGCGACUCACACGGUGUGCCUUCUAUCCUUGUGCCUGACAGUAAGCUGACACCAAUGGAAGCCUCACCUCAGGUAUUUGUUCCUCAUAGAUCUAUAGAGUCACUUAGAUUAUAAUAGUUUUCACUUGUUAUCUUAGCUUAUCACAUGCAUUUGUUUUCAGUCUUUUUUUCUUCUCUUUAAUGUGGAUGUGAAUUCAAGUUGCUAAUAUAAGAUGAAUGUUGAAGUUGAAUAUAUUUUUUAAUAUACUAGUAUAGCUUCUUAAUUAAAUAUAUAGAUAUACUGUGAUAGGCCAAGUUGCUUAACAAGCUGAAUAUUCUCAAAAUAUUAUAUUUAAAAAAAAAUUCUUGUAGAAUGAUAAAGCUUUCCAUUAUAUUUUAUAUGAUUUGAUUAUUUUUAAUUUGAGCUAAAACUAACAUAGAAAUUUGAUCAAACCUAUCCUAACCCAACAUAACUAUGGUAAGUCAGUAAUUCAUGUGUUUAAUAUACUGUAAUAUAAUAAUAUUAAUUGGAAUUAACCAAUUUGGAAAGGGAUAUUUGAAUAUACUAAAAAUCACUGCUUGUUAGGCAAAUCAGACCUUGCAUACUAGGCCAAGUGCAGUUCUGGCUUUUAGGUAUGACAUAUAUACAUAUACAGUACAGUAUAUAUAUACACAGGUGUAUAUAUAAAAGAAUCUAAGAAUAAGAAAUAUAUUUUAAUAGUGGUUACAUUAUAAUUUUCUUGCUUAUUUGUAAUUUAUGGCAAUAUUGAAUAUGAUACAUACCUAGGUCAGUGGUUUUCUCCGAGUACAGUACUGCACUACAGGUAUUUAAAUGUAACGUUGAGGACGCAUACUAGUAAUUGACAGCGCAUCAUUCACCCUAGGCGAGUCAUCCUGCCAUCAUCCCUUUCAUCUUCAGUUAAAGAGUAGGUAGGUGAAUGAAUGAAUAGGAAAAAGCAAUUAUUAAGGUACAGCAUUAAGCCAGUAUGAUUGUGUAGCACCUUAACAUACAAGUCAAUCCAGAGAAUUAAAUACCCAGUACUAUUCAAGAUACUGAUACGAAAGCAGGACAUGAGGCUUUCUAUGUGAAGUGUGUCGCUUACGGGGGUGCAGUGCCAAUUUUAUAGGUGCCGGAGCUCUGGUGGGCCUAACAAAAGCCUGUCUUUUUUAUCUUGUUUCUAUGUAUGUCACACGUUUAAAUAUUUCGUGUUUGUACUCGCUUAUUAUCAUAAAAUAUAAUUAUCAAGUAAAUAAAGAAAAAACAUCAAUCAUAUAUUUAUCAAUUUAAGACGUUCACACACACCUAGUGCUCACAAAAUAAAACCAUUUUGAGAAGUUUCACAACAGUUUCUACAAAGGGUCAGGUGUGAGAUGUUUUCAGGGGUGUGAAUCAACUCUUGUCUUGGUGUCAUCUGCCGAUCUGUGAUACUGCAGUCAUGAUAUGGCAUAUGGCUCAGGAUUCCACUGAACUACAGGAGGUCCAUGUAGUUUAACACACAUAAGUGCUGAUACAUGAUUUAUGAUAAUUCUUGAGCUUAUUGUUGUUAUCAGGUUCAUGUGACUGAAUCCCCUCUCACACUUAGCCCAUCCUCGCAUACAAAGCUCAAAGCUUGUUAAUUCAGCCCCCAAACCCCGUUAAUGAAUGAAAAAAACGGUUUACACACGACUCACAACUGAUGACGUCCAAACACUUCCAGAACAAGCAUUUCGCUCACGUCCUCUGUUCGAACCACAAUUCUAUAAAUGCUUUAACCACGUAUGGUACUUCAAAUACAAAUAAUUACCAACAGAACCUAAACACCUAACCUAACCUAACCUGACCUACGCCCAACUAUUCAUGAAAUUUUUCUGUAUAAUAAUAUUGAUUUAUAUAUGAGAAUAAACAAAGUUUUAAUACACAGUAUAUUAAAAUUGAUGAAUGCAUCUGGGGGAGGACGGCGGCUGCUUUAAACAGCCUAGUGUAAGGACGGGUUGCAGCAGUACUAAUAGGAAAAACUUGUAAACACCUCAGUAGUGGGUGUAAAUCUUGGGGGCUGUGGCAUCCAUGAUCCCCCACGUAGUCUCUAAAGAUAUUUAAUGCAGAGUAAGAAGAAAGCUUAAACCUCUUACAGAGAUAAUAUCAGCUUCACCAUAAUUAGAUGGUAUUUCAUCAGGCUAGUAGUCUUACUAAGGACACACAUUUCACUUAGCAGUGAGUUAUACGUACAGUGGAACCUCGAUUAACGAAUUUAAUCCGUUCCAGCACUGAGCGCGUCAUGUGAAAUGCUCAUCUUUCAAAACGAAUUUCCCCAUUUAAAAUAUUGGGAAUAUAAAUAAUUUGUUCCACUACCAAAAAACAUCAAUAUGAUAUUAUAUUUUUUUAAAUAAUGGAGCAGCCUACCGGACAUACACUGAACGAACCUUCAUGACAUUUGUUCGUUUUUCAACUUUGUUCACUUUGAUAAGUGUGUUGGGUAUUGUUUCCAGAUUCGUACCAGUACAAUUCAGCCUGUUUACUUUUUAAAUAUACAGUAUGAAAAUUUACAUAUUAUUGAAUCUUUAAAAAAAACAAGAAAUGUUAUAACAUUAUUAACUCAUUAGUGAUGUAAUACUAAUAUUUUCCUUCCACGAUCAACAAUCACCCACAAGCCAUCAUCACCCUUUUCCCUCAUCCUCUCUCCCUUUCCCCCAUUCCAUCAUCCACUUUCAGUGCCGCCGAGCUCUGGUAGCACUGCACCACUGAUCACUAAUCAUAUUAAAUGACAACUAUGUAUAGUUUAAGGGUAACAAAUACUCAUUUCCAAGGAGAGGUGACAUAAACAUUGUGUCUGGGAAAGCAGAAAAACCUACACUAGCUGUAAAUUUUGAGCCAUCAGUAAAAAAAAAAAAAAAAAAAAAAAAAAAAGUAAAAUAACAAAUUGUGCUUAACACAGCUGGAACUGUGAAGGGUUUGAUGUUACACUUCAGUGUUUUGGAAAAGCAGAUGAUUGACAUUUUCCAUGGUAGAAUUAUAUGUGGGAAUAUAUUGCCAGGUUAAAUAAACGGCAUUAGAAUACGCUUAUUACUUGUAUUCUAAGGAGUUGUAAGGUCUUAUGGGAGGUCAGAAACAUUGACACUGGCUAAAACUCUUAUGUUAACGUGAGUAACGUCCAUAGUAUAGAGACUGAAAUUGAAAUGCGUAAUCAAAAUAAGGCCAAAAUAAAGUUGAUAAAUAUUAAUGUAUUAUUGCUAAUGCUUCUAGAAAUAAAUCCUGGUGUCUUUAUUGCUCUGUUCCAUACAGUAUACAUUGAUAUUGUUUUUAGCUUAAGAGCCCUAGUGAUCAUGACAGUCAAGAUCUUUCUCAUAUUCAGAUUUUGCAGUUUCAACAUUGCCCAGCUGAUAUCUAGUAACUGUUAUUGCCUAAGCUCAGACCAGAAUUUUUUUUAGCAUUAAACUGCAUCUGCCAAUCAUUCAUCAAUUUCAAAAGCCUAUCUGGCUUGGUGCCCUCUUUUGAUAAUUACUUACUUAAUCUUAAUAGGCUUUCAAAGUGUCUUGUUAGUUUCUGUCUUCAUCUGAAUUUGUUUCCUACCCCUAUUUUUAUAUUGUCUGUAAAUUUGCAAGUAUUAUUAUUCAGUCCUAUCUAAAUUGUUUAUUGUGAUCCCCAGGACAGAGCCCUGUGGCACUCUACCUAUAAUAGUUUUUCACACGAAUUUAACUCCAUUUAUGCUAAAGCUCUAAUUUCUUUGAAAUAAACAAGCCCUAACAAACCUCCAAGGCUGUGUGCCUCUAACUGCUUGAAAUACCCGUAUACUAGGAAAAAAAAAAAAAAAAAAAAAAAAAAGAGUACCAGGUAAAUUUGUUAAACAUGAGCGGUCCUUUGUCAAACUGUUGUGAAUCCUUUAUCUUUAAUUUUCAAGAUAUAAAUGAAUGGCUGUUGCGAUUAUAGAUUCAAGCAAUUUUGCUACAAUAGAUGUUAGGCUGAUUGAACAAUAGUUUGAUGCAACAGAUAAUAGCUCUUUAUUAUGCAUAUGUUAUUCUUUGUCAAUGUUGUUAUUAUCACAGUUUUUUAUCAAUUUAAUAAACACGUCUAUUAAUU